AAAAAACACUUUUCCGCACUAAAAACACCACAAGUCUAUCAACGACGUCCGUCCGAGUUUCAAUCACUUUUUCCAUUUGGUUCCUUCUCUUCAUAUUAUAAUUUAUCGCGCUUGACACUGGGUUUUCGAAUAACCUUGACCGAGUUCCAAUCCGAGGCUGCGUCGAGGUGAAAAAAAAUCAUCUCUUUUCCCUCACUUUUGUUUGUUGUACUAUUAUCAAAUAACUUUCCCUUUGAUUGUUUGUUAUAAUCCGCCCAAAACAACAAACAAUUUUUUACAUUCGUUUCUAAAGAUAGUCAUCAGUCAGUUGUCAGCUGAGAUAGAUAAUAAUCUUGCAAAAAGUUACAUAAUUCUUUUUCCUGGGUUUUUCCACUCACUGAUAGAUAAUCAAAUCCAAUACAACAACAACAACAAAAAACAUGGCUAAAAAUCUACCUUCCGGGUUUAGAAAAGUUACCCAUUGCAUCUUCGACAUGGAUGGCCUGUUGCUAGACACCGAACGACUGUAUUCGGAAGCAAUACAAAAAAUUCUUGACAAAUACGGAAAGACGUAUACAUUCGAAGUCAAACUAACGCUCAUGGGAUUGCAGAAUCAGCAAGUAUCUGAAAAGAUUGUUGCCGCCUAUGACCUGCCAAUGACUUGGCAAGAAUAUUCCAAGUUGCAGCGUGAUGUUGCACACGAUGCGAUGCGGGACGCACAAUUAAUGCCAGACACCGAAGGUAUUUAUGAGGAAAUAACGGAGCGCAUUGCGGCCACCUUUAAUAUUAAGUAUCCUUUGGAUGUGCGCAUGAAAGUGAAGGGAAGAACUGAGCAAGACUCAGCUGCUGUGGCUGUGAGGGAGCUUAAGCUGCCAAUUGGCGUUCCAGAGUAUUUGGAGCGAUACAAUAAGAUGUCUUUGGCUAUGCUGGGCGGUGCACCUUUAUUGAAAGGAGCUGAACGACUUAUUAGACACCUGCACGAAACCAAAGUUCCAUUUGCUUUGGCUACCAGUUCUGGUGAGGAAAUGGUUGACCUCAAGACAACCCAUCACAAAGAACUCUUUCAGUUGUUCCAUCAUAAAGUUUGUGGAUCAACUGAUCCGGAUGUAAAGAAUGGCAAACCAGCUCCAGAUAUAUUCUUGACAGCUGCAGCAAGAUUUGCUGAUAAGCCAGCGCCAGAGGAUUGUCUGGUUUUUGAAGAUGCCCCGAAUGGAGUGCAGGCAGCUUGUUCGGCUGGCAUGCAAAGUAUAAUGGUUCCCGAUGAACGGGUGCCGUUAGAGUUGCGUGCGAAAGCAACUCAGGUGCUAAAGUCAUUGGAAGACUUUAAACCUGAGGAAUUCGGAUUGCCCCCAUUUAAAUGUUAAAAUAAGUGUAGCUAGUGAAAUUGUGUGCUUUUAGUUAAAAAAUACACAGAGAAAGUCUAUAUUUUCUGAAACUAA